GUGAGUGCUGUCGUGACAUGAAUUCCGAAUACAUUGGAUGAGGUUGCGAGUUGGUGUGCGGACAUCAUUCUCGGCUCUGUAGUGUCUCCGGAGUGCAGCACUUGGCAGUCUCGUUGACACCGGCUUCGUGUUCGAAACGCUAUCGGGCCGCUCGUGCGUUACGUGACAAUUUUCUUGGGAAAGAGAGAGAAUCUUGCAGAGAAGGAGGAGGCUCCAGAGUGGGACAGUUUGUUCCUUGUGUACCAUGGAAUAGCCAAGGAAUAGGCUCGCGAUCAAGAGUGCGAUCCAGAGGCAUCAGUGGUUUUUUGGGUAACUCUGCGUUGCCGAAGUUGUUCGUCAUUCAUUCAGUGUGAAACAUGGUCGUAUCUAGAAUUGUAAGCUGUAUUUCAACCACCGACAGGUGUUAACUACUAGUGAAUAUCCAGGAUACCGCGGUAUCCGUGUUUUGUGUUGUGUGUUUAGAUAUCAAGAAAAUACCCUCCCCUCACAAUAUUAGCUGUAGCAACCCUUUGGGAUAAUUGACCGAGAGAGAGAGAGAGAGAGUGUGUUUUGGGUAAAACGCAGUGUUGCUUCUCUGGCCCAAGGCAAGUUUCUCAAACUCAAAUGCGAGAUACAUAAUUGCCAGUGGAAAAAUCCGUGCUAUUUUCACUUUUGAGAGUGCCACAGAGUGAAGUUUUGCCAGUGACCAAUUUGAGUGAAGUAUAUCGCCAAAACCGGCCAAUCAUCAUCAAGACGAGUGUCUGCCAAGCCAUCAGCAUGGAUAUCUUGCCCAGUGGCAAUAUCUUCAGGGAGUUGCAGGACGUGCACGACACUGGAUACUUCUCGUCGCAAGGAUCCAUCGAGGAUCAAUGGCAACAGACGUGUUACGAGAUGGAACAGUACCUCAAAGACGAGCCGAAGCUGCAGUCCUACAAGAAGCUCCCCACAGACUUGGACACGCCGUGGGACCUCUUCACGGCGCCCACCGUGUCGGCGUCGUGGAAGGUCGUGGACCCGCUGUGUCUGGACGAGAUCAACCUGGGCGAGCGGCCGCUCGACUCGCUGUCCAUGAGCUCGGCGUCGUCGGCGUGCUCGGGCGUGUCGUGGGACAGCAGCCUCAGCUGCGCCGUGGUGGUGAAGAAGGAGCGUCUGGACGACGAGUACGAGGACAACUCGGACGGCUGCGAGGAGCACUGCAAGAUGCUGCAGACAAAGACGGAGAGCGCCAUCGAGCUGAGACUCGUGGCGCGAGCCGCCGAUCAGACUGACCUGCUGCCCACGCUCACGCCACCCUCGUCGCCGGAGUCCGUGAGGAACAACGGCGCGCCGGAGGAGCUGGCGCUGCUGGGCCACCAGGGCAUCCUCAGAGUGUCUCCCAACGGCCACCUGCCCCGCAGUGCACUGGUCCGCUUCACGGCGGCCGGCAAGAACGCGCUCAGCGUCACCCGCUUCAUCCAGGUCAGCCAGCGGCUGCCCUCGGGCUCGUCGGCUCGUGCCGCCAACUCGCCCAGUUCACCCACAGUCACAGGAAAACAUCACCAAAGACAACACGACCACAGUCCAGACUCGAAGCGACGGAUACACAAAUGCCAAUUUCUUGGUUGCAAGAAAGUCUACACGAAAAGCUCACAUCUGAAAGCUCACCAAAGAACACACACGGGUGAAAAGCCUUACAAAUGCUCGUGGGAAGGCUGCGAGUGGCGGUUCGCGAGGAGCGACGAGCUGACGCGCCACUACCGGAAGCACACGGGCGCGAAGCCCUUCAAGUGUCGCCACUGUGAUCGGUGUUUCUCGCGAUCGGAUCACUUGGCGCUGCACAUGAAGCGACAUGUCUAAGCAUUGGCAUACACAAACGUCUUUUUUUCCGCGAUAUCACACACCGGAUUCUCUUCCAUCCCAAUUCUUUCCUCCGCCGGACCGUGAAACGUCAAAUUGACUGGAGAAUCUCUGUCCGGGUAACUUAUCACACUCAUUCAAAAUUUGUAACACUAUGAAAAAAGAAGAAAAAAAAACAUGAAGGAGAAGAAAUCAAUUUAUAGCACUUCACCCACGAAGAGGGUGAGAAAAUAUGGCGAAAUUGUAUAGGAAACAAAAAAAAAAUAUGUGUAAAAAGAAUAAUCGGAAAAGGGGUGGUUUGAAAAAUGAGCUCAUAAGUGAAUCAAAAACAAUCAUUCUGACGGAAAAUUCAAAUUCUCACGAUGUUAAGGUAAAUAUUUAAAUGUCAUUGCUAUUUAUUUCCUCCCCACAAAAUUGGCACGAUUUUCAUUUCUGAUAUUUCAUAACAUGGCGAUUAAAAUUAAUGAUAAAUAUAAAUGGAAGAAGAGAGACAAAUUUCACUGCCAUUUACUUGAGGAGUGUUUCGUUGAGGGGCCAGUUUAUCGGUUUUAAGUUGUUACAAAGUGUUUUUUUUUUAAGUGAGUAAUUUUUUUGUACUACUUUUGUCUUUUUUUGUACCAGAUGUAUUUUUAUAUGUUCUAAGUCUAGCAAUAUAGUUUGAUAAGUUUUUACAGAAUAAAACUCCCUUUUUUUCUCGUAACGACUUGAAUUACGCGCGAUUUUAGUUUGUAAGAUUCCAGUGGAAUAUAUAAUUUAGGAUCUUCGUUUUGACGAUUAAACGCCAAAAAAGUCUAAUAUCACUGUGUAAGGAAUACAGCAACAAAUUUAUUAGUUAUAGUUACCAAUAGUAUAAUGAAAUUGUACUAAAAUUUCAUUGCAAUGUUCGUUCUAUACUUAUGAAUAGCAUUUAGUUCAAGUCUCAUGCAAGCGGCUUUUGAUUUGUUACAUAUAUGCUUUCUUGAUUUUACUGGCUUUACUUUUUCAUUUGAGCGCAGGUAAGUUUGACUCAGGCUUCCUUUGUUUCGAAAUUUUCCGUAUUUGGCAAAUAUUUUGCUCCCCAAAGCGAUUUUGCAUGCAAAAUUCUCAAAUAGUGCGUGCUCUCUGAGCCAAAGCUGAGCACUUCGAGAGCACAGUUUUGUGUUAGGCAAUAGAGCAGGAUAAGAGGAAAUCCUUUCAAGCAAGUGAAAAAAAAUAGCGUUAUAAAGUAUUUGAGACCCAAUAGGAAGUAUAUAGGAAAAGAAGUUAGAAAAUGUAGAGAAAAUCUUGGAAGAAAAUAAGAACAGUCGCUGUCGUUUGUGUGAUGCAAUUCUGUGAUCCGCAUAUAUAUUUAUACAUAAAUAUAUAUACACGUAUAUUUUUGGUGGCCAUAGAAGCCAAAAAACAAGAAGAAUAAAUCAUACCUGUAAGAAUUACAAGAAGAUAGGAAGAUACUUCGAUAUUUUUAAUGAUUAGGUGGGCAAGAUGUGAGGAUAAGAUUUGGUAAGAUGAUAAGGCCGUAGAUGCACAGUUGGUGUGUUUCUCUUUCUGUUAAGCAUUCAGUGAUCAACACUGCGAGAGGACAUUGUGAAUGUGUGGAGAGACUUUAGAUAAAUAUUAGAUUUGACAGGAAUCAAAAAAGUAUCUGAUGUAAUGAGAAACUCUAGCAUUUAGAAAUAUUGUGAAAUUUUACAACAAAAGAAAACGGAAAAAAGGCAACCACUAAUUUUCAUACAAACAUCAUCGCAUUUCAUUGAUUUUUCAAAUGAAACAUUCACUGUUUAAUCAGAUCUUUAUGUAAUUAAAUAUAAUUGUUCUUAUAGUGUAAUUUUUCAGUAUAUCAUCCAAUUUUUGCCACAAAUCUCGAGGUGAUCAUUUUUUUCCCAUGUAAAAUUGAUGUGUUUUUCGUAAAUACUGCACAAACGUUUUUAAAGAGUAAAAAAAAACUGCAGCAGCGCACCCUUUUCCAAAUAAAUGUAGGUCGUGACAUAGCGAGCGAGCGAGAGAGAGAAAAAGAGAAGAGAAUUAACAAAAUUAAUGUGUCAAAAGUAUUAAUUAAAGACUGCUGAAGGACGAUCCGUUGGUUUUAAAACUAUAGGAGAGAUAUGAAUGAAAAAAGUCAAAAGUCAUACCUCUUAUAUUUACAUAGGAAUACAUCUUAGUACGGAAAAAUAUCUCUUUUUAUACAUACAGGCAGAAGCGCGAUCGCAUAGAGAAUUCCACUGAUCGCGGGCAAUAGUUUAUAAAUAACGUAACAAGGAAGAGAACUUCCUCUCCAUUUAGAGAAAGAGCGCAAUAAUAUAAACCUUUGACUAUUCAUAUAAAAUAAGGCAAUUGAUCAGUUUGAAGAAGAAUAUUCUUUGUACAUUUUUUUUACCACUUUUUGCAGGCAGAUCGACAAGAUUGCUUGACGAUCGCUGUGCCUACUCAAAAGAUCGCACUUACCACUCUGCCAAGUGGAUAAAGAAUUACUUGAACAACAUCUUCUCUGAACUGAUUCAAUGCCAAUCAAUGUUCACACAGAAAUACAGCCGAUCGAUCAGAUAUUUUGGUAGUUGACAGAAAAAAAACCAGCGAUCUGCAGGUGAAUAAGAAAUUAGCAAAGAAGUCUUGCAUAGUAAGGAAAUGAGAAAAAAGAAACUUAAAAAGUCAUUGUACAUAUCCAAGAAAAAGAGGGACUAUUGAGAAUUCGACGAAAAUAUAAAGGAAAAAAAAACACAUUGACAGUCAAAAGGAAAAAAAAAGAAAUAUGAAAUGAAAGAAAAUCUUCCCUUUUUUUCUAAAAAAUAAAUUUAGAGGUGAUCGGUUUCGUGAUAUCCAAUUGUUUUUUAGCUUACUGUACAAAAUGAGAAAUGAAAACAGAGGUAAAUUCUUAGAAAAUGAAUAAAAUUUAGUAAUAAAGUGCAGUGUUCUGUGGAGUUUGAAUGAUCAACAUGGGCGAAGAUCGCUGAUCUUCCCUUUUUGCGGGACAAUUUUCUCCGUCACACGAUCAACGAACCAGAGGCGCAAGUUUGCGCAGCUGAAAAUGACGAUCCAACCCCAUUUUGAUCGCAACUUUUCAAUUCAACUCUGACUGAAUGACCUAAAAAGAGAGAAAGAUUAAUAAAAUUAUAAAAAAAAGAUGCAUUCAUUGUAUUAAAAGUUCUUCCGAUAAGAGCAAAUAAAGUAGCAAAGAAAUCAAAGAACAAUUAGAGAAAAAAAAAACAGUGAAGACAUAGUAAAAGGAGUAAAAUUGAAGAGUAAAAAAAACAUGAGCUAACAAACAUAUUUGAUAAAUGUAUAUUGUACUUUAUACAUUGCAUAGUGAAAAGAAAACUCAAAAAAGAUUGAAGAGAUCAUCGUGAAGUAGUGAAAAGAGGGUGAAAAUAUAGUAGAAUGUAAUCAUAGUGGUUGAUCGGAUUGUAAAAAGCAGUGUGCAAUGAUCGCGAGAUCGCAUGUGAAGAUCACAGAAAUGGUAAUUGAAUUUCAAAAGAAAAAAUGGUCAUGAAUAAUAAUCUAAAACAAUAAAAUAAUGAAACGAAUUUUAUACACGCUGAAAAAUCAUAUGGAUGUGUUUUUGACUAAGAAAAUGUGUUUUAAAAAAGCCCUACAAAAAAAAUCAAAGGAAAUUUUGUAACUAAAGACAUGAUGAAAGGAAAAAUUUCUCAAAAAUACUUAUAAAAAAAAUGAUGAUAAAAACCAUUUUACCUAAUGUGAAAAGUAAAAAAAAAUAAAAGGUAAAUAAUAAAAAA